UGCUAAUUCUAGGUUUACCGUCAAGCAGUCACCGUCCAACCCGACUUAAAAAUUGUAGACAUGACAAUGCAUUCUUCACCGCCAGCCUUAUUCAGAACUCAUUAAUCAAAUCGUAGCAGCAGCAGCAACAACAUUAACGAAACGUCUGUAGGUUGUGUAGGAUUUAAGAGUCUUCAAGAGCUGGGUCGUGUUCGUGCGGCCUCGGCCUCACAGAAUCACCUCCGCAGAGUCAGUUUCGACCUGCCUUCAUUUGGCGACGUCAUUCAGUUAUUAUACCAAUUAAUUUUGGGUCCUCAUGCCUGGAGGUGCUGGACUACAAGAUUCUCGCCUGCUAAAUUGAGUAUUUCGCGGGAAGUGCAGCUGUUGUGUAAUUGGAAUCGGUGCUGGUGCUGUGUUUUAGUUCCUGUCGAAUUGGUGUUUUGGGAUUUUAAGAGGCGAGUGAGAGGGUAAGUGCGAGAUGUCGAAGGAUUCCUUGUUCGGAGGUUUGCCACCUCCUGUGACAUCGCAACCUUUACCGCCCAGAUCCGCGACGGGAGCUGGGAGAGGAGAGGCGGCUUCCUCUAUACCUUCCAUACUUUCUUCAUCUGCUGCAUCGAAGCGCUCUGUUGCGGACGACGAUAGUCAUGCAGGCAAGCGAGUUAGGUUUAAACCAACCACAACGGAAGCGACCAGUGAGCAGGUUUUAGAGGCCAUGGCCAAAAUUGCUUCACACAUUGGUAACCCUGGGAAAUUUCCGAAAGCCUCGAAAUUAGCGUUGCAAUUACUGGAAAGCGGAAGUGUUACUCCUGCCACUGCUGAUGCUUUCUUCUCCAUUUUAAAAGCUGCAAUGGCGAGACCUUCCAACGCGGUUGAAGCGUCCUUAAGAAGGGAUUACCAAGCUUUGUUUGUAGCAGUUCAUGACAGGCUCGAGUGUUUUACUGGAGCACAGCAAGCUCAGAUUUCAGUCUGGGAAUUUUGGGCACUUGUAGGCAACGACUUCGUGAUGGAUGAUACAUUUGUGUUUUCAAAAGCUUCAGGGCGUGUAAGGCAAGCUAUUGAUGAAUUGCCAGAGGCCACUGACGAAGCUAAUAUUGUAGAAGAAAGAGAGGAGAAAACUAAAGAUGAACCAAUUGAACAAGGACAAUCAGAGAAGGCUGUAGAAGAUGCUGCAGAAAGUGAUCCCUUUGGUUUAAACGCAUUUUUACCGAAGCGAUCUAAGAAGGAGGAGCGAUUGAAGAGAAAAUUAGAAGAGGAAGCCGCCUCAAAAAGAGCUCAAGAGGAAGCAGGGAAACUACUGAGGGAGCGCCGAGAAGCACUUCUGCAGUGUCUAAAAAUUGCAGCGGAAUAUUACAGACUGACUUGGGCACAAACUAUUAUUGACAUACUGGUGAGACAUGCCUUUGACAAUCGUGCAAAAUUCAGUGCUGUGCAUCAAGGUGCCAUUGAGAAACUAUGGGCAUCUGUGCGUGAUCAACAAGUACGGCGCAAGCAAGGCAAGUCCACGACUGGCAAGCUGGAUGUAACCUCAUUCGAACGUUUCCAAGAGCAGUAUUCUCGUGAAACCAUUAGUAUCCGUCGUGCAGUUGGCCACGGCGGUGGCCGCUCUGCUGAGCAAUGGCUGGGAUAGGCAAUAGCAAUUGAGAAGAAUACUUGUACUGGAGAAGCUAGACAUUGAUGCCCUAACAUGUGCGAGCAAUAUUGCAGCAAACUCUGUUGUGGUGUGGAUUAUUGUGCUGAGCCAUUAGUUGGUGGCAAAUGAAUUCUUUGCAACAUGUGGCUUUAUGGCUCUGUACUAACUGACAUUCAUUGAAACGGUAA